ACCCAUCUUUCAGAAGAGAGCAACAACAUGGCAAUCAAACUCAGAUCCUUAGUGCAUGGCAUCGUGGCAGCAUACAUAUUGGUGAUAAUAGGCUUACUGGGUAGAGGAGUUGAAGGAGUUGUGCUAUGCAACACAGACACCACCAAACUGAGCUUGUGUCGCCCGGCUGUCACCGGGCCACACCCCCCGCCGCCGACGGAGGCGUGUUGUGCAGUUGGUCGCCAUGCUGAUGUGGCAUGUCUCUGCAAGUACAAGUCGGUGCUUCCUGCACUUGGAAUUGACCCCAAGAAGGCUAUCGCUUUGCCUGCUAAGUGCGGUGCCACCACCCCUCCCCAAUGCAAAGGAAAUUGAAUGAGUUUUACCUCAUAUAUAUUACAAGCAUAGUCUUAUCAUUAGCAUGAGGAGGCAGAACAUCUUCAUUCCAGUUUAAAAGAAUAAAAGUUUGAGGGUUAAUCUUCCCUUUCCUUUAAAUAAAUUAAUAUAAUAUUGUUAAUUAGUUACAUUCCUUUUCUCUUAUAUGUAGUCAGGACAUCAUAUGUAUCCUACUUCUUGUGUUGGGAAGUUUAUGAAGAAAUUUGAUAAAUACUUCGAUGAUCUUGUUAUGCUAUUCACCCAUUAAAUACAAUAAUGUCAAAACGAUUAUUUGCUGUCAUAUUUAUUUUAGCCACAUAUUUUCUGUGUGUUAAUAGAUUGGCAAAUGAGUGUGUCUAGUA